CGGCUCACGCAGCUAACCGAACAACACAAGAAAGCCAUCAGGGCCAUAAGAAAAAUUCGCUACUUUGUGGCGAGGCGGAAGUUCCGGGAAGCCCUACGCCCCUAUGACGUCAAAGACGUCAUAGAGCAGUACUCUGCCGGCCACGUAGACAUGUUGGGGAGAAUCAAGAAUCUGCAGGGCCGGUAACUCCAUCUCUCUCUCUCUCUCUCUCUCUCUCUCUCUCUUUGUUUAUAGUCACCCCUUCUUCUUUAUAUCGCUGUGUUUAUAAUACUUGUUAAAAUGCGGCUCCAGAAAUAGAGGAGGAUGGUUUUCGUUAUAAAAGACAGAGGUUGAAAGUCGGAGCUUUUGUUUUCACGAACUCAGGUAAACCAUGCGGGCCACCAACCAUGAAUCUCUUUUCAUGAUGGUUUGACUUGUCAGUGGUCUGAGACCCGACCCUCUAAACAAACACACAAGUGUUUAUCAACAGAUCCGCGCGCCCCUAUAAAACUCUUGCAGUCUUGCCCUCUGGCCCGCCAGUCUUGCUUUAUAUCCAACUAUAUCUCGAGCGGAGAACCCUGUACCGUCUCAAACUCCUUGGCCGUUGUCAAUUAUAUUUUUUUUUAAAUGUAUUGCUGGUCUGAAACUAAAAUCUUGCAACUGUCUAGCCCUAACAUUUGGCUAUCAUCUUUGCCAAACAGGUGAACCUCUCUUUCCCAAACAUUGGACCAUCUCUUUCCCAAACAUUGGACCAUCUCUUUCCCAAACAUUGGACCGUCUCUUUCCCAAACAUUGGACCAUCUCUUUCUCAAACAUUGGACCAUCUCUUUCCCAAACAUUGGACCAUCAUUCCCAAACAUUGGACCAUCUGAAACCCUAGGGUUUGGCUUUCGGCUAUAUCUUGAGUUUAGCUAAACCUUGAGUUUGGCUAAGCCUUGAGUUUGGCUACGCCUUGGGUUUGGCUAAGCCUUGAGUUUGUCAAAGCCUUGAGUUGGCUAAGCCUUGAGUUUUGCUAAGCCUUGGGUUUAGCUAAGCCCUAAGUUUUACUAAACAUUACGUUUAGCUAAGCCCUAAGUUUGACUAAGCCUUAAGUUUGGCUAAGCCUUGGGUUUGGCUAAGCCUUGGCUUUGGCUAAGCCUUAAGUUUGGCUAAGCCUUAAGUUUGACUAAGCAUUGAGUUUGCCCGAGCCUUGAGUUUGCCUAAGCAUUGAGUUAUACGUUAGGCUAACGAUAAAAAUAAUUGACAUUUGUUGAAGCAUUUUGUUAUAGUCCCAUCGCCAAUGAGCCACGUCAUCUUCGUCUUCCGUUCACCACCUUACAGAAUAUGUGUAGAUGAUGCUCUUAAGAUUUUUUAUGAAGAAAAUGUGUUUUUCAUGAGGCAUCGACUAUGUCAUGAAGCUAUUGACUAGGUCAGAAAACCAAUUAAUAGGUCAUGAGGCCAUUGACUAGGCCACUUAGCAAUUGACUAGCUCGUGGAAUUUAGAGAUUUAGAAACCCCAUCAGGCCAGCGUUAAAAUAACUCAAGUCUGUAGGCGAGACCACCGCCAGCACCACAAGUCUUGUGGCGAGACCACCGCCAGCACCACAAGUCUUUAGGCGAGACCACCGCCAGCACCACAAGUCUUGUGCCAACCUUUCCUCUUCUCUGUGACCAGGUAACUUAAGUAUGGCUCUGCUCUGUUUCAGCUUGGAUCAAAUCCUGGGCAGACAGGGGAGCAAGAGCAAGGACGUCUAUGAGUCGAAAGUGUGUUUGGCUUCCAGGAUUGUCAAGGUAGAGCGACAGGUAAGAAAUCGCCUUAGAGACUGGACCGGGGUGGUAGUCAAAAUGAGAUUGGGAUAGGGCAUUGCCCUAGUGAAUGAACCAGUUGUCGAAAUAAGAUGUUUGCAGGACAUUGUCAAGUCCUAAAGACUAGCCAGGGUAAUCAAAAUAAGAUUUGGUUAGAGCAUUGUCCUAUUUAACCAGGGUAGUUGAAAUAAUAUAUGGGUAGAACCCUGUCCUGGUGCCAGGGGCUUACCGGGGCUAUCAAAAUAAGACAUGUUUAGGACACUCUCCUAGUGAAUAAAUCUAUGGAGUCAAAUAAGACAUGGUUAGGACACUGUCCUAGGGACUAAAUCUAUGGAGUCAAGUAAGACAUGGUUAGGACACUGUCAUAGUGAAUAAAUCUAAGGAGUCAAAUAAGACAUGGUUAGGACACUGUCCUAGGGACUAAAUCUAUGGAGUCAAGUAAGACAUGGUUAGGACACUGUCCUAGUGACUAAAUCUAUGGAGUCAAGUAAGACAUGGUUAGGACACUGUCGUAGUGAAUAAAUCUAAGGAGUCAAAUAAGACAUGGUUAGGACACUGUCCUAGGGACUAAAUCUAUGGAGUCAAGUAAGACAUGGUUAGGACACUGUCCUAGGGACUAAAUCUAUGGAGUCAAGUAAGACAUGGUUAGGACACUGUCCUAGGGACUAAAUCUAUGGAGUCAAGUAAGACAUGGUUAGGACACUGUCCUAGGGACUAAAUCUAUGGAGUCAAGUAAGACAUGGUUAGGACACUGUCCUAGGGACUAAAUCUAUGGAGUCAAGUAAGACAUGGUUAGGACACUGUCCUAGUGAAUAAAUCUAUGGAGUCAAGUAAGACAUGGUUAGGACACUGUCCUAGUGAAUAAAUCUAAGGAGUCAAAAUGAUAUGGGUAGGGCAUGUCCUACAGGCAGAGUAGCCCAAACAAGAUAUUGUUAGGACAUUGUUAGCCAGAAUACUCAAAAUAGUCAUUGGUAGGACAUUGACCUAGGAUCUAACCAGGAUGAUCAAAAAAGGUGUGGGCAGGAUAUUGUCCUAGUGCCUUAACCAAGGUAAUAAAUAUAUGAUGCGGGUAGGACAUUGGACUACUAUACAGAUGCUUGUUAAUGGGCAUCGCGAAUUACUACAUUCCAUUCUAUAAUGUAACCUGCUUAAUUGAGCAGAAACCAUGGCAACGUAUUCGUGUGUUUUUCAAAAUGGAAAGACAAGAAGUGAUUACCUUAUUUCGUAUUAAUUUUAAUCUCCCCUUUGUUUAAAUUAAAAUAACAUUUUUGUUUCAUAUGCUUAAUUAAUUGUUAAUAUGUAAUUUUUUUUUAUUUUUUUUUUUUGGCCAUGAUGCAAUUUAAUUAAAAUUCCCCGAAUUGAAUUUUAAAACCUGGCAACUUGUUUGAAAUAUGCCAGCUGAGACAAUGAUUACGUCACGAGAAGUGAAAGACUGGCUACUCCGCAAUGCUACGGCAAUAAAUGUUACUGACAUACGAGAGAGCAUUCGUAGUAACGAAAUUUUUCGUGGUCACAUUUUACGUUUCAAUUCUUCUGUAACAAUGCAAUAUUGUAUAUGCUGCCACCAUUAAUAUGUCAGUCUUACGUCUACAGGUGGAUGAUAUUGAAUCCAAGCUCGACCUUCUGGUGGACAUGUACAAGGAAGACAGGAAGUUACUCCUUCAGCACAUACAGCAGUCUUACGGGGGCACUCCCCCGCCAGGCCCACCCCCGCCACCCGCGUCGCAUGCCCCGCCCCCGGCGGGCUCCUCCCAGUUCAAGCCGCGCCCCAUCCUAAUAGACAAGCACUUCACCAGUGAACCGGCCACGCCCACCGGCCUCGGGUUCGCCGGCUCCACCGGAGGGGGGCGGCUCGGGGAGAAACCCAUCAUCCAAAGAAACCUGUCGGACCUCAGUCAGAGAAUCAAAAAAAGAGUGACG